GCUGGGGGCGUUUACUGAAGGAAGCUCACAAAAUAAAUAAAUAAAAAGAGAUGGUAAAAAAAGGGUAAGAACUUGCAGGGAAGCUGAAGUGCAGACUUAUCCGCUGAUUGCUUCCGAAUGACCUCCAGAAGAAUCCAUCAUAGAAGACUCAAUCAUUGAAUAUUCGAUCUGGGUUAAGACCCACCAGAAAGAUUUCAAAGAAACCACUCCAGUUUCUGAAUUAAGUUUGGAGGAUAUUGAAUAAGAAAAACACAACUGUCUGUGUUUCUUUGCGAGAAGAUGCAGAAUCAGGAGGGGCCUGUAGCUGAUGGAGAAAAAGAGUCAACUGGUUCUCUUCAGACUCUUCCACUGAACGAAUUUGAGCUUGGGCACUGGGAAAACUUUGUGGAUGAUGAUAUCAUGCAGCAGCAAUCUACAAUUCAGGCUGAGGAAGCAAAGAAAGUUCCAUUUGUUGGUGACAAGGAACCUCUCUCAAUGUUGGCCGCUGAAUAUGAAUUUGGCAGCCCUAUCUUGCUAGAGAAAAUAAGGGUGCUCGGCGACCAAUAUGCUGCAAUCCGGCGAACACGAGGAGAUGGAAAUUGCUUCUUCCGAAGUUUUAUGUUUUCGUACCUUGAGCAUAUCGUGGAAUCACAAGACCGAGCUGAAGUUGAUCGUAUCAAAAGAAAUGUUGAAGAAUGUAGGAAAACACUUCAGAGCUUAGGCUAUGUGGAUUUUACCUUUGAGGACUUUUUUGCGUUAUUCCUUGAGCAGCUGGAAAGUGUUCUUCAAGGAAGUGAAACUUCCAUAAGUCAUGAUGAGCUGAUACUUAGGAGCCGAGAUCAGUCAGUAUCUGACUAUGUUGUAAUGUUUUUCAGAUUUGUGACCUCUGGUGAAAUAAGAAAGCGUGCAGAGUUUUUUGAACCCUUUGUUUUGGGAUUGACAAAUACAUCAGUAGAACAGUUUUGCAAGUCAUCAGUAGAGCCAAUGGGCGAAGAGAGUGAUCAUGUGCACAUUACUGCCCUUUCAGAUGCCCUAGGCGUGCCAAUCCGUGUUGUAUACCUUGAUCGUAGCACAUGUGAUUCCAGUAACAGUGGUGUCAGUGUGAAUCAUCAUGACUUUACUCCUACUAUUUCUGUCACUAAUCCUGAUGCUAAAAGUUGUGACACUAAGGCCUUGAAACCCUUUAUCACAUUGCUAUAUCGUCCUGGUCACUAUGACAUUCUCUACCCAAAAUGAUGCUCUCGCCUUUUUCUGGCUGCUGACAAAUCCUGAUCAAUCAAUAGAGUCCUCAUUGGUAAACGUAUAUUGGCAGGAUAACCUUGCGCAGUAAUGUAACGACCUGUAUACUCAUUGUUUUCACUUUAAACUGUGGCUGGAAACUUUUUUUCAUUUUUCUUUUGGUGCUUUCAAACUGUGUGAGUUUAGACAUAACCGCGGGGUUGCCCAAGAACCUGGGAAAAUUGUAGCGUCUAGCUCUCUUUCAGGAUUGCAUCACAUGAUACAUGUGGAGUGGCAAUUACUGAGGAAAGGAAUGUUGAUUUUCUGAUGCAUGCUUUUAACAGUUUGAGAUUGAUUUUUGUGAAUUCAACUAUCAUGCUCUGACUCCGUUAGGGAGUUUGUAUUUUGGUUUUUGAAUGAAAAUGUUGAAUGGCU